CGACGGGUUUGUACACUUCUUAUCGUAUUAAAGUAUAAUAAUACAUACUUUUAACAAUAACUGUGGCACUGUUUUACUUAACUGAUCUUGCUCGUUGUCAUCAAACAUUGAACAUUAUAAAUUUUAAUCAAACUAAGGCAUUAUUAUUUUAUCGUUUAAAAGUUUGUCUAUGUAAAUAAAAACAUUUAUUAAUAUUUAUAAUAAAAAUAAAAACUAAACGACCAGCUAAAUGGUAAAUAAAAAUGUACUGUCCAGCUGUUGUUGCUGUUAUUAAUCGUGGGUUCAGACGUAUGUAACUCAGCAAGAGAAUAUUGCAGCAGCAGCAAUAGUUGGAGCAGCAGCAGUGGCUGCUCGAGGGUUUAUAUCAGAAGCAGCUAACGGUUACAAGAGUGAAGAGAAAUUGAAGGCUGAAGAGUAUAUAAGAGGGUAAGCGAGACAGAGGGACAGAGACGGAUAUUGUUGAGAUAUAUAUUGAGAGCAAGUGAAAGAAAAAAGAAACGGGUGCUUGGUCAGACCUAUUGUGCCGUAUGACCUGGAUGGCAGUGCGUCAGUUAUUGGCCUGAGGUUUUUUCGAGGUACCAUGUCGACAAUUUACAAUGUCGCGAGCAAAAGUAAUGCAUUACUACCUUGACUGUUUGUCAAUAAGUAAUCGGUGGUACGACGAUCUCCAGGACGAUCACUAUCUCCAAUGUCGUGCCAAUAAGUCGACUGUUAGCAGCAGCGUUAUCAGCGGCAGCAGCAUCAGCAAUUGGAUUAAAAAACGAAAUAACAGAAUAAAGACGCGGGCAGCGACUGAAAUUUUGCCGGGAGUGUUGUAUCAUUGUUGUUAGUCACGUGUCUAGCUAGCUAGCAUUUGUCUCUACAUAUACAGAGAUUUGGCUACGUGAAAAUGUUUAACGUGUUUGUUAACGCUCAUUCAACACUUUUACUCUUCUUAAAUUUCUUCUUAAACUUCUCAAACUACUAUAACUUCUAUUACUACUACUUAUUAUUAUUACUGCUAACGUCAUCCUCAUCAAACUCGUUAUCAUCAUUCUCAGCCUCAGUAUCAGCAUCUGUAUCGUCAUCGUCCUCUUUUUCGUUGUUGUCACUGUCUGAGAGAUUGCACGCUCGAAACAAUAUUGAGCGGCACUCAUUCUAGGGAAUCCUGUGUGUUAUAAGGUGACCACGUGACAACAACAUCUAUUCACAACGGGGCCUUUUUCUCACGCGACGUUAAAUCCCAAGGGAAAUAAUGACGAAACGUUAUUGGAUCCUUUUAGCGGUAAUCGCCCUUACCGCAACGGGGCUGGUAAGUGGUGGUGUUCAUGAGAAGCGGCUGCUAAACGACUUGCUGGAUAACUACAACGUAUUGGAGCGACCGGUGUUUAACGAGUCUGAGCCUCUACCGUUGAGCUUCGGCCUCACACUAAUGCAAAUAAUCGACGUUGACGAGAAGAAUCAGUUACUUAUCACCAAUUUGUGGCUAAAGCUGGAAUGGAAUGACGUCAACAUGAGGUGGAAUGUCUCGCAAUACGGUGGGGUAAAAGACCUUAGAAUUCCGCCUCACAGAUUAUGGAAGCCCGACGUUCUUAUGUACAACAGCGCUGAUGAAGGAUUUGACGGAACUUAUCCUACAAAUGUUGUUGUUAAAGAAAAUGGAACUUGUCUUUACGUACCACCGGGUAUAUUCAAAAGUACCUGCAAAAUAGAUAUCACAUGGUUCCCGUUUGACGAUCAGCGUUGCGAGAUGAAAUUCGGCUCCUGGACUUACGACGGUUUUCAGUUGGAUCUUCAGCUACAGGACGAAUCUGGCGGGGAUAUAAGCAGUUUCAUUACCAACGGCGAGUGGGAUUUGUUGGGCGUGCCUGGCAAGAGAAAUGUCAUCUACUACAACUGCUGCCCAGAACCCUACAUAGAUAUAACAUUUGUGGUUAUCAUAAGGAGACGAACACUUUAUUACUUCUUCAAUCUGAUUGUACCGUGCGUUCUUAUUGCCAGUAUGGCUGUCUUAGGAUUUACUUUACCACCUGAUUCUGGUGAAAAGCUAUCUCUCGGGGUAACUAUUCUCCUGUCUCUUACUGUGUUCUUGAACAUGGUUGCCGAGACAAUGCCAGCAACGUCCGACGCUGUGCCAUUAUUAGGAACAUACUUCAAUUGUAUCAUGUUUAUGGUUGCCAGCAGUGUGGUCAGCACUAUUCUCAUAUUGAAUUAUCACCACCGUAAUUCUGACACUCACGAAAUGUCUGAAUGGGUACGGGUAUUGUUCUUAAAAUGGCUGCCUUGUUUCCUCCGUAUGUCGAGGCCUGCAGACAAAGAAGACAAAGACGGUCAAAAAUCACAAAAACCAUCUCCAGUAACUGGUCCAACAAAAGGAUAUGGAGAUCUGGAGCUUCCACAAAGAAGCAGCAAAUCAUUGCUCGCAAAUGUAUUAGACCUUGAAGACAAUGCACUGGCGACCCACAAUAAUAUGUUAAACAACGUGUACAGUACGCCAGGUCCUCAUCAUCACAUAGGUCAUGGUCACAGUCAUAUGCACACAGCAGCGUCCCAGACACCACAUCAUCAUCACAGUCACACACCUGCGCCAACGCCACAUCAUCAGCAUUCGACGCCGCUGCCACAUUCUUCAUAUCCACAUCAAAUAAGUCACACACCGCAUCAUCAUCAGCAUCCACAGGACGGCGGGCCACCGCAGGUUGAAACGAUAUUACAAAAUACUUGUUUAUGCUCACGCUAUGAGCUUGUUCUCAUUUUAAAGGAAAUUAAGAUAAUAACCGAUCAAUUAAAAGAUAACGACGAGCAAACAAAAAUAACAAACGACUGGAAGUUUGCAGCGAUGGUGAUUGACAGGAUGUGCCUAAUCAUUUUUACACUGUUCACCAUUAUUGCCACAAUCACCGUCCUAUUCUCGGCGCCUCACAUUAUCGUCACGUGAUUUAGGAAAAAGCAAGCUCGCCACACCGUGGAGACGCUGAGCAUUAUCAUCCGCCAUCAUCAUCAUCAUCAUUAUCAUCAUCAUCAGCAUCACCAUCAUCACCAUUCACAUUUAUUACGACUAUUGGUUGUUACGGGUGGUUGUUGUUGUCGCACUUGUGCUACAAUCGCACAAUCAUAUUUAAUGCUUGUAAAAUUGAAACUCAAUAAUAUAAUAACUUUUUUUCCCAACGCGGGUUAAAAAUUUUAUAUAACUAAACAGAAACACUGUCCCAGAAUCCAAUACGGCACACUUUUUUUUUUUACUAUCGUUCCCAUUUAGUCUUUUAUGAAAAAAAAUAAAAAAUAAAAUAAAAAAAAAAUCAUUCUUCGCGUCGCAUAAUAAAUGAUAACAAUAAUAAUAAUCGCGGAUCAGGCCACGUAAUUUAAAUUGAAAGAACCUGCGCAUAAAAUUAAAAAUGUUGCGCAUACGAUAACACGAUAAAUUUCACAUGCGUCGGCGUAUUUUAAAUUAUUAUUAUUAUUGUCAUUAUAAAUCACAAAAAUUAAUUUAAUUUAUAAAAAAAUUGUGCCAGUAUUGACAGGACACGUUUAAUAAAAUAAAUAAUAAAUAAAAUAAACCGGCACAUCGUAAAAAAAUAUAUUUGUGCAAGAAAUAUGCCAAUGCGCACAUAUUAUACUCUCAACACAAUGAACUGCCAAGGUAAUUCAAAUGCCAGUGAAUUUUACUAUCCGUAUCAGUAGUACGUAAUAACGACUAUGAAAAAAAAUAAAAAAAGUAAAAAAAAAACAAAUACUUAAAAUAUAAAACAUUUAUACUACGAGAUUAAGUGGCGUGCGAUAGCACACAUUUUUUAACCGAAUAAAAAUAGACGGGGAUCUGAGACGAAACGAUUAGCGACUGUUAAUUUUAAGCGUAAUUCAAUUUAUUUAUUUUAUAAAUGCAUCAUGUAAAAAACAAUUUUUUUUUAUAUAUAUAUAUAUAUAUGUAUGUAUGUAUGUAUAUAUGUGUAUAAGUACAUAAUUAUAACUUUAAUCGCUGGUCUCUAUUAUAUAUAUACAUAUAUAUAAUUAAUAAUCUUCUUAUAUUAAAUCUAGUCUAUUAAAUCUUUUUUCAAUUCUAUUGUUACGAUUAUCUGCUGGUGUAUUACAUAACGAUAAUUAAAAUCUAAACUUUCGGCCGCACGCCACUCACUAUAGAUGGCCGAACGAACGCAUUUUGCUUUAUGAAAAAUGCCCGAAUCGGUUUAUCCGUCAAUUCUUUGUCCAUAAUUUAAAAAAAAAAAAAAAAAACAAAUAACUUAAUGACACAAAACAGACAUAAAUUUAAAUAAUAAAUAAAAUUGCAUCGAAAGCGUACGCUACGCACCCAAAAAAAUCUAACGUAUUUACCUACACGCAGACAUUUGAGUAUACACUUGCGCGAAAAAGACCCAGUAAAAAAAAAAAAGUUUAAUAACAAACACUAAAUAAAUAAAAAUAUAAACUAUAACUACAUUACUACUGAUGUAUUCUACUGCAUCUCCACGUCUUCCAAAAUCAAUUGUUUCGUCGUCGUACGCAUUAAAAUUUCUCUCACUGGUGGGUGGUACACUUAAAAUUAUCCAAUGGAAGAAUAAAGAAAAGGAAAUAAUGAUAACAAUAAUAAUAAAAAUAACAAUACAGUUUAUUAUUGUUAUUAUUAUUUAUAAAAAUAAUACUGAGAAAAAAUAUGAGAACAAAUAAAGAACAAAAGAUACGAAACAAUUGAAUGACUAAAAGUUCUGUAAACUUUUUAGGUGGCGAGAUUUUAAUGGGUACCAGUUGAACAUUUAAAAGUUUCUCAACUCUUUUAGGUAUCUUUGAAAUUACACUUUACCCUUUAACGAAAAAUAAAUAAAUAUAAAUAUAUAAGUAUAUAUUUAUAUAUACACACAUUAUAAUUAUAAUUAUAGAUUAUUUCGACAGUACAUCGUCAAUUAUUAUUACUCUCUUAUUAUAUGUGUAUUUAUAUUUGGGUGACCCAAUAAGACCGACUUUUCUUCGUUUUCGAGUCUCAUGAAAAUUUGUUGGCUUAAAAUAUUUUGAGAACCCUCCAAAAAUAGGUUCGAUAAACAAUUUUAGGGGUCGCUCAAAAAAUUUGAAAGUUCCAAAAACGAUUGAAAUUCAGAUUUUUUUUUUUAUUUUUUCUUUCUCGUGACAGAAAUAUUUUAUAUGUAAAAUCAAUGCCAUGAAAGUUUUAGCUCAAAAUAUAGAUUUUUAAAAAUCGCUCGAUAAUUUUGAAUAUUUACUUGAAGUUAACAGACAAUUUAAAAUUUUUGGA